CUGAUACCUGUAAUGAAGUGGGAAAGAAACACAAUCUACGACAUAUGCUGCUAUGGAAAUUAUAGUGGGAGCAGAAAGUCCUUCUUUCCAUUCGGCUUCCAUCUUCUUUUGCUCUUGAUAUUCUCCUGGAUGGGAUGAUCACCCUCAAUCAGCUUUGUUGUUCUUUACUAUAUCCUUCAACAUCUGUGUUGGGUUCCGAACCCCGAGCCUGCAUGCGAGCUGAAUUCGCACUCACCCCAGACGGAAUGAGAUAAUUGCUUUUGGUUAUUGUUUCCGGAGUUUAAUGCGAUCGAUCGAUCCCACUGUACCAAGAUGUUUUCCUCAGCUCUCAAAUCCCUAAGCUCCAAUAUAUCGGCAAACUACCAAAUUUCCCCCCAUCCCACUGUGGUUUCGGGGCCUUGGAAAAUUCACGAUGGAAAGAAGAAGUCCACCGGUACGAUAGCUUCGAUCUUUAUCUUCGACAAAAAAUCCCUCGAGCCUCGAUCAGGCGGACUCGGUGGCCGUUCGGGAGCCUCGAUCAAGAAAUUACAGGAGGAAGUUGUCGAACGACUAAAGCGGGAGGCCAGCAACCUUGCCCGGCUCAGACACCCGUCCAUCCUACAGGUCCUGGAACCUGUCGAAGAAACACGAAAUGGCGGUCUUAUGUUUGCUACAGAGCGAAUCACUGCCUCACUUGCUGGGCUUUUGCAGGAAAAAGAUACACAGGAAAGCAGUUCUAGAGUCGGAUCCCGGGGCUCGCGGCAUAUGGUGGAGGAACCUGACGGAUCACGGAGACGAAGAGACCUUGAAAUUGACGAAUUAGAAAUUCAAAAGGGCCUCCUCCAGGUUGCCAAAGGUCUUGAGUUUCUUCAUGAGUCCGCAGGCCUUGUCCAUGGCAACCUAAACCCGGAGGCUAUCUAUAUUAACGCGAAAUCCGAUUGGAAAAUCUCCGGCCUUGGAUUUGCCGGUCCUUCAGACACUGCAGAAUCCCGAUCCUCUCUCCCACCAUUAGCACUAUCAGAAGUGCUUUAUCAGGACCCUCGACUUCCGCAGUCUGUUCAGCUGAAUUUGGACUACACCUCACCGGAUUUUGCCUUGGAUUCUAAUGUGAACCCAGCUGCGGACAUGUUCUCCCUUGGACUUAUAAUAAUCGCCCUCUAUAAUUCACCACACUCAUCUCCUUUGAAAACCCAUGGAAGCUUGGAUACUUACAAACGAUCAAUAAGCUCACCCUCCUCAACUCCAUCACAAAGCAACAACUUCCUUUGCUCGACCCCGAUUCCCAAAGAUGUCCUUGCACAUGUACUUCCAAGAUUGAUAACAAGAAGGCCAUCCCAACGCCUUACUGCCCGAGAAUUCCAAGAAUCUCAGUACUUUGACAACAUCCUUGUGUCAACAAUCCGAUUUCUCGAGUCACUGCCUGCUAAGAACCCCAACGAAAAAUCACAGUUCAUGCGUGGCCUCCAACGUGUGCUUCCGGAGUUUCCUGUUUCGGUUCUAGAGAGAAAACUGUUGGGUGUCUUGUUGGAUGAACUCAAAGAUCGUGAACUACUGCCUCUCAUUUUGCAGAACGUUUUCACUAUUCUCAAACGCAUUCCUAACGCACGCCGUGUUCUUCCUGAAAAAGUGAUCCCUCAACUCAAAGAGAUAUUCCCAGUGGGCAAAGGGAACCCGAAUGAACGCGACUCGAAGAAGGAUGCAGGACUCCUGGUGGUGCUCGAGAAUAUGAAUGUCAUCGCAGAGAACUGUCCCGGAAAAGAGUUCAAAGAUGAUAUUCUACCCCUGAUCCACCUGGGACUGGAUUCGCCAACGCAUACCCUCGUAGAUGGUGCCAUAAAAUGCUUGCCCGUGAUUCUCCCCGUUCUUGAUUUUAGCACUGUAAAAAAUGAAGUCUUCCCUCCUAUUGCUUCUACGUUUAGUCGAACCAAUAGCCUCGCCAUCAAAGUGCGCUGCCUGGAGGCCUUUACUGUACUUUCUGGUGGUUCCGUGGAUGGAAGAGAAGCAGAGCAAGAUGACUUGUCUGGUAUAGUUGAGAAGAGCAAACCGCAGGCUGCGAAAUCCUCCAUUCUGGAUAAGUACACGAUACAGGAGAAACUUGUUCCCUCAUUGAAAGCGAUCAAGACAAAGGAGCCAGCUGUUAUGAUGGCAGCAUUAGGCGUGUUUCGACAGAUCGGCACAGUUGCUGACUCUGAUUUUCUUGCUCUGGAGGUUCUCCCUAUUCUUUGGAGUUUCAGCCUCGGUCCACUCCUCGACCUGCGUCAAUUCGCGGAAUUCAUGACUCUCAUUAAAAGUAUUUCCUCGAAGAUCGAGCGCGAGCAAUCGAAGAAACUGCAAGAACUUUCCUCGGGAGAUGCUGCUGGAUUCCAGAAUGGAGCGGCUACGUCCUCGAAAAGCCCCAAUAAUUUUGCGCCAUCAGACACGGAAUCCACGAGGGAUAAUUUUGAACGCCUUGUUCUUGGAAAAGGUGGCACCGCCCCAAGCCCGGAUAAUGACCCUUGGGGCAGUCUGGUCGCCGAGACACCAGCGCCCAAAACUACUUCUCCACGACCAUCGCCCACAGCGUUCUCUUGGUCCACCACUACGACAGGAGUUACUGCUGGGGGACAGUCGAGCCUGACUGCUCGUUCAAUCACUCCCGAUUAUAAGAUAAAUUCUUUCCCUUCAUUGGAGCCUAGCGUUAAACAAACCUCUGCUCCGGCACCAGCAUUCCCUACUCUCCAACCAUCCGCUCCUAAUCCCUGGAACAUGGCAAACGCCCCAAACCAUCAGCAUCAGUUUCCGGGAAAUAACAUCAUAAGCCCUACGCUCGGUUCUUUGGCCAGUAUGAAUACCCCCGGCACGUCUUCAGCCCGGCCAAACUUGCAGACAACCCCGAAUUAUUCUGCAUUCUCGAUUCCACCUCCGCCAUCAGGACAGGCGUCCGGUGCAUUUGCAGCAUUUGGUCCUAAUUCUAGCCAACCUUCUUCGCUCUUCCGCAACGGUACAUCGCAACCACCACAGGGAGCGCAGAAACAAGGGCUAGACAAAUACCAGAGCUUGAUAUGAUGGGGCCCGGGUAAUACACCGAUCCUUGCUCCUCUCAUUUCCUGCUAUAGUCAAAUUUUCUUCUCGCCUUUUUACUAUAAUUUUUCUCCUCCAUGAGGGCCCUUUCUAUUAUAUGUAUGUAGAUGAUCACAUUAUUCCCCUUUGGUUUCAAGCAAGUCUGCUGGUAUCCAAAAGUCAUGAGUUUGAUGUUCUAUUUAUGUCUUGCCAGCCCUUCUAUAACGUUGUUCUGCAUGGGUCCAGGUCCCAUAAGUCUUGAAGCAUCCCGCCUGGCACCUCACCUUUUACAUAGUGUACCAUGUACCACGAAUUUUACUUUUAUAAUUCUUCCGUCCUACAUAUUGCUUGGAUUAAAGAACCCAACUUGAG